GCUUGGAGCGGUGCAGCCAUUGCGACCAUGGGUUGUGGCACUUCUCAGCAAACCACUGUGCCGGGGGCGCUCCCACAAGUUUCUGUGCAAGCGACAUUUGUUGGUGCCAGUGGCAAUGAUGCGAAACAUGUCGCGGUGAUUUUACCUGGCGGCUAUACUAAAUUGAUGCAGCCCAACGAGAAGUACCACUAUCAUAUUUUGGCGCAAGACACUUACAGCAUGGGCCAACCCCUGAAGUUCAACGUGGAUUCCUUCGUGGAAUCGGCUAUCCAGUAUUGCAAGAAACAUAAGAUCCAGGGGGUCUUUGGCUUCGACUGCUUUCCAAGUUUGAUUGCGUCCAUCAUCAGCACGUCGCUGGGACUGCAGGGGCCGUCCUUUCGCAGCGUCUUCCAUUGCAUCAGUAAGUACUACAUGAGGAAGGAGUUGUCUCCAGAAGUUCCAAUGACCAAGUUGGAACCCUUGUCGUCUCCUGCUCCACCAAAGUCCUUCCCAGUGGUUGUGAAGGAGAUCGAUUGCCAAUUCUACAUAGGCACUUGGAUCAUCUACAGUGUGGAGCAAUGGGAGCAGACAAUGAAGCACCUGCAGCAACGGAACCAAGCCGAACUGGAUGCGAGGAAAAAGUUUUACUUCAAGUGGUUUCAAAAGCUUCACCCGAAUGAUAUGCCAGAGUCCCGAUGGGAAGAUUAUGUGCUAUAUCAUGUGGAGCCCUUCUUUGAAGGACGAGAGCAACAGAUUGAAAUUGUCCUGGAACAAGACAAUCAUUUGUUGGUGGCUGACACCGGGGACAUCAUCAAGGAGAACGGUAUCAUUACCAUGUUUGUAACGCCUGGCUCCUUCGAUAUCCCAACUACUUGGGCACACAACAUCACCAAGAAACUGCAUGCCAUGGGCUACAAGAAUCAGGCCAUCGAUUUGGAGUUCAUCUCAACUCAAGAUGGUCCACAAGUCGUCGAGAUCAACAGCAGAUAUAGUUACAUGGGUUUUGCUUCUUGGUACUCAGACCAUUCCGAGAAAGGCGCGUUGCUCAGCAAACCGGACUUGAGGAACUUGGAAAAUCGAACCUGUUCCUGUUUGGGCCAGCCAUGUCCGCGCUUCCCAUCGGAUGAGAACAUUAUCAGCAAACUGGCUGUGGCUGUAUACACCAACAAAGGAGGUCCAGUCGAGGAUAUCGUGGAUUUGGAGUUCUUGAAGAAGUACCUGGCGGAAGGUCAUGCGGAAUGUUGGACCCCAAAACCAGCUUUCAAAGCAGGCAAUGUGGGUCCGGAGGAGUUCACCUAUGGAGGUGGCAAAUGGGCCAAGUUGGGCUUCAUGAUGCUCACGGCCAAGAGGGUGGAGUGGGCCGAAACCAACGCCAAGUUAAAGGCGAUGUUCGAGAAACUCUUCAAGCAUCCAGGCUCAUAUCUGUUGGCUCAGGAUGAUGAGAUUGGGCACGAAGUGGACAAGCACGCACUUGACUAUUGAGAUAGAGCUGCAACGACUGAACCCAGCUGCCUUUUUGUGCUAGUCUCGACCUUGAUAUCCAGCAGCAAGAAGUGC